AUGGGUAACACUAUCCAAUCAUCUUCCAGCGACGACGAACCCUACAUCUUUGUCCUGUUCCCUGAAUCAUAUAUACCACUGGCACGUCUGGGACAGGGAGGCUUUGGAGAGGUGAUCAAAUGUAUCAAAAAGGACACCAGCGAGAUUGUUGCAUUGCUUCUAAUGGACAACUUUAAGGAACAGUACCAGGAACAGUGGAACAUUGUCCGCUUCAUUGACUCGUUCACACUGAGUGACAAGAGGAUUGCUAUGGCCUUUGAGAUGCUUGAUGUAACUCUAGAUGAAUACCUUCUUGACAGGCCUAAGAUCACUCUGGAGUUACAUGAAGUCAGGAACAUAGUGCAACAGAUAGCCACGGCAUUACAGCACCUGAAGACCAUUGGAUUGAUCCAUAGUGAUAUUAAGUUGGACAACAUCAUGCUGGUGAACUCUCAAGAGCAACCCAUCAGAGUGAAGCUAAUUGACUUUGGAUUGUCUUUUCACAAUGAUGAUACAGACCAGGGCGCACUUCACCAAAUAUUACCUUUCAGGGCUCCAGAAAUUCUUUUGGGUGCUCCAUUUUCAGAGGCCAUCGAUAUGUGGUCUCUUGGUGUUUUGAUGGCAUUCUUGCCGUCCGGUCAACGCCCCUUCCAGGGCGACGAUCAAUAUUACUUAUUGUCUCCAGAACACCGGAAUAAGGCUGAAGAAAUUAAGCAGUUUAUGGACCUGGUAAAGGCGAUGCUUCAGAUAGAUGCCGAUCAGAGGAUCACUCCCAGCCAAGUCCUCGCCCAUCCAUUUAUCACAGGGAGCACCCUCACCUAUGACUCUGACAUUAAUACAACAAGUGAAGAUCAUGGCUCAACAUCAGCCACAUUACCUACUGGUGUCAUCAUGGUGCAACCUGCACCACCUGAAUCCUGCACGCGGUGGGAUGAGGAAAGAGGGCAGCAGAAGCGUAAAUCUCGCCAAUUGGCUUUCGUUUCUAAAGAAAGUCCAGUGGAUCAAGCCAGGGAGGUUGAAAAUGUACCACCUCAGGAAUGUCACAUGGAAGAGCAGCACACAGAAGUCACUGCCUUCACAUAUGACGACUCAGAGCCAGAGCCAGAGCCAGAGACAGAGCCCGAGCCCGAGACGGAGACGGAGCCAGAGCCCGAGCCAGAGACGGAGACGGAGACGGAGCCAGAGCCAGAGCCGGAGACGGAGACGGAGACGGAGCCAGAGCCAGAGCCGGAGACGGAGACGGAGCCAGAACAAGAGACAGAGACAGAGACAGAGACAGAGCCAGAGCCAGAGCCAGACACAGAGCCAGAGACAAGAGACAAGAGACAGAGACAAGAGACAGAGACAGAGACAGAGCCAGAGCCAGAGCCAGAGCCAGAGCCAGAGCCAGAGACAGAGCCAGAGCCAGACACAGAGCCAGAGCCAGACACAGACACAGAGCCAGAGCCAGAGAUAGAGCCAGAGCCAGAGAUAGAGCCAGAGCCAGAGACAGAGCCAGAGAUAGAGCCAGAGCCAGAGCCAGAGCCAGAGCUAGACACAGAACCAGAGCCAGAGCCAGAGCCAGAGCCAGAGAUAGAGCCAGAGCCAGAGCCAGAGCCAGAGCCAGAGCCAGAGAUAGAGCCAGAGCCAGAGCCAGAGCCAGAGCCAGAGCCAGACACAGAGCCAGAGCCAGACACAGAGCCAGACACAGAGCCAGAUACAGAGCCAGAGCCAGAGCCAGAGAUAGAGAUAGAGCCAGAGCCAGAGCCAGAGCCAGAGAUAGAGCCAGAGCCAGAGCCAGAGACAGAGCCAGAGCCAGAGCCAGAGAUAGAGCCAGAGCCAGAGCCAGAGCCAGAGAUAGAGCCAGAGCCAGAGACAGAGCCAGAGCCAGAGCCAGAGCCAGAGCCAAAGCCAGAGCCAGACACAGAGCCAGAGCCAGACACAGAGCCAGAGCCAGAGCCAGAGCCAGAGCCAGAGAUAGAGCCAGAGCCAGAGCCAGAGCCAGAGCCAGAGCCAGAGCCAGAGAUAGAGCCAGAGCCAGAGACAGAGCCAGAGCCAGAGCCAAAGCCAGAGCCAGACACAGAGCCAGACACAGAGCCAGACACAGAGCCAGACACAGAGCCAGACACAGAGCCAGACACAGAGCCAGAGCCAGAGUCAGAGAAAAAGAAGGUCCAUUCCAGGUGUUUCUGACGACACCAACGGCUGUUGUAUUUGUUCUAUGUUGUUUAUCCUGUAC